GCUUUCAGGGCUAGAUGGGUCAGAGAGAAUUUUAAAGAACGCAAGCCCAAGAUCUGGACCUAAAUCUUAUAAGAUUGAAUGAAGGCCCAACACAACUCCACACCGAAAAGCAUACUGAACUGGAUCUGCAACAAUGAAACCAAAGAAAAGGGGGAGAGAGACCUAAGCUGCUACUGAUCAGAAAGGAAUACAUGUAACAACAGCAGCAAAAACAAUGGCGUCGUCGUCAGCUCUUCGAGAGCUUCAGCGCGAAUUGGAGGCCAAAGCUAACGAUCUCAGCAAAAUUCAGAAAGAUAUUUCAAAGAAUCACCAAGUGAGAAAGAAGUACACUAUUCAGCUGGGCGAGAACGAGCUCGUUCUCAAGGAAUUGGAUCUCCUGAGCGAAGACGCCAAUGUUUUCAAAUUGAUCGGUCCGGUUCUUGUGAAGCAGGAUUUGGCAGAGGCUAGGGCCAAUGUGCGCAAGAGAAUCGAAUACAUCUCUGCUGAACUGAAGCGGCUUGAUGCUACUCUUCAAGAUUUGGAAGAGAAGCAAAAUAGCAAGAAAGAAACGAUGUUAAAAUUACAACAGAGGGCUCAAUCUCUCCAGGCUGGAAAAGCAAAGGCAUAAUCUGUUUUAGUAGUUGUGCUCUCUUUGUCAGAAGUAAUGUAUUCUAUGAGUUUCUGUUGACGCUUGGAUGUAGUUUCAGUUUUUUUUUUCCUUGUUUGUUCAAUAUGAUUUGUAAACCUACGAAAGAGGUCAUGCCGACACGAAAAAUUACGAGAGUUACUUAUUGAUAAAGUCAAUGUUGAGAAAUGCAGCACGGUUUAUUUUCCA